AUUUGCCAAAAUAUUAGACAAACAAUGCAGUAAAAGUUCAACCCUAAUAAAUUAGCAAAUAAUGGAUUUGAGGGCUUCGGUUUCCUUCUUCAUUUUCUUGAUCGCCUCGGUCAUCACAUUGCCACCAACGAUCCAAGCUUGCACUCCUUGCACUCACCCUCACCCUCCUGUCCCGAAGCCUCCACAUCAUGGUGGUGGUGGUGGAGGGGGCGGUGGUGGAGGUGGAGGCGGUGGAGGUGGAGGCGGUGGCGGGGGAGGCGGUGGCGGUGGCGGUGGAGGAGGCGGAAAACCACCGCAUCACGGAGGAAAAGGAGGUAGUAAACCGCCACAUCAUGGUGGAAAAGGUGGUGGGCCGCCGCAUCAUGGUGGUGGUGGUGGUGGGCCACCGCAUCACGGUGGAGGUGGUGGUGGGGGACCUCCGCAUCAUGGUGGAGGAGGGUCAUCACCGCCGUUUGUUAGACCUCCUCCGGUGGUUUAUCCCCCACCAGUGGUUAGGCCACCGCCUAUCUCAAGACCUCCUCCGGUCGUCUAUCCACCACCAAUGGUAAGGCCACCGCCGAUCACAACACCUCCAGGACUUCUCCCUCCGAUCAUUAACCCACCUCCGGUCGCAACUCCUCCAGGAAUUCUCCCUCCAAUCACAACACCUCCAGGACUUCUCCCUCCGAUCAUUAACCCACCUCCUAUCACAACUCCACCACCAUCCUCGGGUUAUCCACCGUAUCAUGCUGGUCCACCUUCCGGAGGAGGAGGCGCUCAACCAACGUGUCCGAUCAACGCACUGAAGCUUGGAGCUUGUGUUGACGUUUUGGGAGGUUUGAUCCAUAUUGGACUUGGAAAUCCAGUGGAGAAUGUGUGUUGUCCAGUGUUACAAGGGUUACUUGAGUUAGAAGCAGCCGUUUGUCUUUGCACAACCAUAAGACUUAAGCUUCUAAACUUAAACAUCUUCAUUCCUCUUGCACUUCAAGCUCUCAUCACUUGUGGAAUCAACCCUCCUCCUGGUUUUAUCUGCCCUCCUCUUACUUGAUAACAAACAACGUACGAUAUAUCAAGGGUUACGAGGCUUUUGAAAUAAUCUAAAUAUUUAUAUUUGUGUUCUUUUUGUUGAAGAUCAGGUUGGUUGUCUAGGGUUUUAACAAGUGCUGUUUUAAAUUUGUUGUCCGUUGUCGUUGUUGUGAUGAUUAAGAUAGGGUUUUUGCAUGUGUCUUCUUGAGUUGUUUGCUGUAAUCUGUCAUUUUGUUUUGGAUCUAUUUGAAUCUUUAAUCUUAUUAAGAAAACCUUGCGAGACUUAA